GACUCGUCCGAGCGACUCCAAUGUCCUGUACUCACUCUGGCGACUGGAAAACUCAAAAAGGAGCAUAGCUACCAACAACAACAACACGCUCGCAUGCUUGGACACAGACCUGCUAACAGAGAAGAUAGUGUUUGGUUUUGUCGCUGAUGGAACAAAGAGUGAAUUAUGGCAGAGAAUACCGACAAUAAGCCAGAAACAAAAACAAAUGAGCAGGAUACCAAAGAUGUUAGUGGUGACCGCGACAUCGUCAACAAUUGGAUGACAUCACAUGCUUCCAUGGCAACCGAACAACCUAAAGGGGAGAACCUGGAAGAUCUGUUAUCAACACUACAGAAACAGAUCAAGGGCUCCGAUUGGUUGAAGGAAAACACCGCAGAGAAGUGGACAGCCGAAAACAAGGAAUUAGCUGAAGAAUUUAUGAAAGCAAAAGAAUGCAAAGAAAAGAAGGCAGACUCAUGAAGAGAACUGAAAUCGUCUUAGGAAAAGACGUGAACAAAAGUUACGACAAAAGAAGUUAGGCUCAGGAAGGUUCUGUUAUAGGCCUAUGGUUGUGUUGGUAAACCAGUUCUGAUAUUUUUCCUCAUUGCCAUGGAUAUCAGAAGAAAUUAACCAUGAGGCAUUUUACUUUCAAUUAUAAAUGGAACCAAAACUGAAAGGAAUUAUUUUAAAAUCCAUGAGAUAAUGAUCAUGAAGGAAGCAUUACAUAUUUUGAUAUCCAGUGCAGGCUUGAUACCUAAUGUCAGUGAAUGUGAAUUGAAGGUACAUAGUAUUGAGGUCUGAACUGGUGUCAAGCAAUACUAACACAUCCUGAUGAUUAUGGAAACACGUUG